AUGGACUUGCUCAGCAAGGGGUACAAGUUUCUCUCCGAGCUUGAUGAUCCAAAGGCAGAAGGGCCGGCGCUGGACCUCGAGUCAUCACUGGACGGGGUGGCAGAGAAGUGGCUGGGAUGGGCACGAGGAGCAGACCCCACGCAGGGCUCUUCCAAUGCGGAGGGUCAGCGCCGGCGUCUCUUCAGCGAGGAGAGCGUGGAUGGCGACGUGCAGGGUGGGCAAGCACCACAAGAGCUCCAAACCGUGCAUGCGUUAGAGCCAGGUGCUGGGAGUGCUACGGAGGUGUCAGCUGAUCACGUUGUGCAGGAGGAGCCGGCAGACUAUGCCACUAUUUCCGCACUUCCCCCUGCGCCUGCCGUCGUCAGCGACGAAACCUUCCAAGGGAAUCCCUUCGAUGGGAACCCCUUCGCCGAACCUGCUGAAGUGCAGCAAUCCGUUGAGCCAGACGAGCCGGCGGCGCCCGCCGACCAGGCGAACGAGGCGGAAAAGCCGGAGGAGCCCGCCGAAUCGUCCGCCGAGCCUGCGUGGUUUCCAGCCGACCCAACGCCCUUCGCCAGCAGAGGGAGCGGCGACGAGGAGAGCUCGGAGAGAGGAGAGGAGGCAGAGCCGGCAGAGCCCUCGGCCUUCCAGCUGCCUGACGCCGGAGAGACCGCGGCCGAGGCAUCGGCUGAACCACAGCUAUCCGGAGUGGGGUCAGGGGCCAGCGUUCCAGAAGCGAGCAAGGUCCCAGUCGAAGCCGCAGCAGAGCAUGAUGAACAGCUCGGUGAGGAAGGGAUCAGUGCAGAUUCCUCACGAGAAGCCAUCGCAGAGGGCGACGGAUUGGUGCAGCAUCCGGGCCCGCACUGCGAGCUUGUUACAUCGGCCAGCAGGGAGGGUGCUCCGACCGAGCAGGCUGAGGCAGUGGUGGCAGGCGAAGGAGUGCUCCUUCAAAACUCCCCGCUCGAUGUCGAAGGUCAGCCGAUGGCCAGUCCCAAGGAUGGACACCACCACCACCACCACGAAGUGGCGGAGCUCCGCACGCAGCUGGAAGAUGCACACGGCCAGCUCCGGCAGAGGGAGCGACAGCUUGCCGAUCUUUCCAAUGUCUUAGCAGACAUGGAAGCACGAGAAGUCGCGCGCCGCGACCAGACGCAGACGGUACGAACCAAGGCGACAGAGGCUGUGCGUGCAGCCGAGCGUGAGAUGCAAGCCGCCCGCAAGAGAGCGGAGCAGGCAGAGGUCAACGAACGACGACUAAAGCAGGAAGCGCGUGACAUGGAGCAGGAGCUCCACAAGGCUCAGGAAGCAUGGAAAGAAAGAAUCCGAAAGGCUGAGUCAAAAGCACAAGAAGCAGAGAAAGAUGCGAAGGAUGUGGCGGCUGCAAGUUCAGCCGAGCUGGCAAAGGUGAAGGCUCGGAUGCGCGUGCAAGCUGCUGGCAGCGAGGAAACUCGUGGCGAGUUAGAGGCCUACAAAGCGAGGACCGAAGAGGAGAUGAGCCGCCUCGGAGAGCGCCUCCGGGCGGCCGCAGACGGCGAGAUGCAGCUGCGGCAGGAGCUCCAGCAAAGUGAGCAAAGCCGACUAGAGCUGCAGGAACGAGUGGUGGAGCUUUCAGGCCAGCUGGAACACGCCCAGCAAGCAUACAGCGAAGCUGCUCGCGAGGUGGGGGCGAUGUCCCUCCGCUUGAACGAGCUUGAGUUCACUCAGAGAGACGACAGCCACUCGGAGGAUGUCCUUCGCCAUGAGCUUUCCUCAGCGAAGGAACGGCUCUCGGAGAUGGACGAUCGCCUCAAAGAGUGCACCUGGAUGAGGGACCAUGCGCUGAAGCAGGCGGAGGAGGCCAGGGCGAAGCUCCAGUCAAUGGAGGAGGCCCAGGCCCAAGCCCAGCAGUCCGAGGAGGCCGGCAGUGGCCAGGAAGCGCGGGCUGCACUUCACACAGCGCAGGGAGAGGUAGAGGCGCUGCAGCAGCAGCUGCAGAAGUUCCUGGAGCAGCACAAGACAGAGUUGCAGGAGCAGGCAGAGAUUUCUCGCGAAGAGAUUGAGUACCUGAAACGAAAGAACGAUGAGAAAGACAAAAGGCUCGAGAUCCUGACCUGCGAGAGAAACGCUCUACGCUAUGCUGAGGGCGCAGAGGUUUCCAGCCGGCCAGGGCGCGUUGCUCCCAAGACCGAGACUUCCGAGAAGCCGCUGGUCGAUCUCGAAGAUGGCCUCUCCUUGAAGGAGGUCCUGUCAAAGGAGCCAGGUGCUGGCGGGGCCGUCAAGGCCUUUUUUGCUGACGGUGACAUUGUUCUGAAGCGCUUCAGCAAGCUGCUUUUUGCCAGCCCGACCACGCGCAGAAUUUUCUACGGCUACGUGCUUCUGCUCCACAUCUGGAUCUGGGUUGUUUUACAUAGGGCUGCUGCGGUUCACUCCGCCCACACGAUUUCAAAGCCCAUCGCUCCCAAUCCGUCUUAA